CAGUCGCGCAGUCGUUCAGUUGUUCAGCAUUGUCAGCCACAAUCGCUGUGCCGUCACACUACCCCCUCUCCUUAUUUCUGCGAUUUUCUCUGAUCGCCUGGAAGCAAUGGUUGCAGCAGCGAUGGCCGCCGCAGCAGCGGCUGAUCAGCAGGCAUCUGCUUUCCGCGUUUCCUUGUUCUCCCUCGCGUUUACUUUCUUCGUCUUCCUCGUCACAGACCCGCUUCGGCUUCGCCCUAUAGCUAAUCUCCCCUUCCAAGCCGCACCGAUCCCCUUAUCACCGCGUCGCCUCCCCAUCCCUGCGGAUCAAGAGAACCGCCUCGCCAACGCUCAUCUCAGGUACGCGGGAGAGGCGUUCGGCCCGGAGAGCCUGGCAUGGGACCUCGACGGACGAGGGCCCUAUACCGGCGUCAGUGACGGGCGAAUCCUGCGACGAUCGGCGGACGAUAGCGGAUGGGAAACGUUCGCACACGCGUCGCCGUACUGGUCAUCCGAAGUGUGCGACCCCGUCGCACGGGUGCAACCUUCCUCGUUCUCCUCCGCCGUCGCAUUCUUAUCUGGAGCCGUCGAGAUUUCUGCCGACGCGGCCAAUAUCUAUACCCGCCCCGUUCUCAACGGCUCCCUUGACCAUACCAAUUAUAGUAUAGGCCCCAUCAGCGGGCUUCUCCAAGAACCCGAUAGUAGAUUGGCUGGAUCCAGCAGCUUUUCCCCCGUCCCCGCUAUAGACAGCCCGGCUAAGGGUCGAGUCGGGCCAAAGUUGGCCACGGAGCACAUCUGCGGCCGUCCGUUGGGGUUACGAUUCCAUCCGGUAACAGGCGAGCUUUUCUUCGCGGAUGCGUACUUCGGCAUUUUCAAGGUUGGGAAAAAAGGCGGGAAGGCUCGAGUGGUCGUGGAUCGGGUGGAGGGUCGGAAGCUGCGGUUUUCGAAUGACGUGGCUAUUGACGCGGAUAACGAGAACGGUACACUGUAUUUCACUGACUCGAGUACGCGACACCAGCGACGAGAUUUCGUCGUCGCGACAACAGAGGGACGACCCGACGGUCGCCUGGUGAAAGUGGAUUUAGCUACACGUCGGGUUACUGUGUUACUCCGAAACCUCGUCUUCCCCAACGGCCUUGCUCUCUCUGAAGACAAGUCGUUCCUCGUCUUCUGCGAAUCCGUCCUUUUCAGAUGCAGUCGCUAUUGGUUGAAGGGCCCCAAGGAGGGGAGUCAGGAGGUUCUCGUGGACCUCCCCGGCUCGCCAGACAACGUCAGGUUAAAUCCGCGCGGUCGAUUCUGGGUUGCCAUGCAUUCACGAAGACGCCCUCUUAUUGAUUACUUCGCUCCGCGACCGUGGUUGAGAACUUUAGUCAUGUCUCUUCCUGUUGACAUCAAGAUCAUUUAUGGCUGCACGAUUGGGUGGCCGCAUGGCCUGGUGGUGGAGGUGGAUGCUGAUGGGCGAAUCACAGAUGUCUUGGAGGAUCACAUGGGGCGGGCUGUGAAGGCUGUGAGCGAAGUGGAGGAGCGCAAUGGCACACUAUGGAUAGGAUCCGUGGUGAUGCCGCAUGUUGCAGUGAUGAAGUACACGCCCAGGGCCUAAAAGAAGGGAGGGCAGAGCAAGGCUGGCACUGCAUUCUCUUCUUUUUGUGCCCAAACAGUAGGGGCUGCUCCAACGAUGAUGUGGAUGCUAAAGCAACUUGGAGCACGGGUAGGGAGGCACUAUACUAAUCCAGUAGGCAGAAUGGCGCAUACUAACCUAAACAAAGGCAGAAAGCGAUUAGAGCUCAUCAUGUUGUACCAUGGGAGAGAAAUAAGAGCUAUAUUUUGGC